AUGCGCGCUGUCUCGGUUGCUAGAGCUGUUGCUCUGACGGCAGUUGUCGUCUAUGGAAGGGAGCUCCCUAAGGACGAGGCUCGCGCUGCUGUAGAGCUCUAUGACUCCGGUAUCAUCCACGACAGACUCAUGUCUGCGAAGAUUGCACACUGGGAAGCCGAAGAAGCUGUCGGCCUAAUGAACUCAUCUCAGUGGCCCAGGCUAGGCUACACCAAGUGCGUCGAUGGUUACGCCGAGGCUCUUCCGGAUAGCCCAUUGCAUAACUUUAGGUGCAAAAACAUGGAUCUUUAUGACUUCAUCAACCACGCUGAACUGGGCUCGCCGAAUGCCGAUUACCGCGGGAAGAGCGGAAGCUCCUCAUGGGGGUGGACUGAUCCUGAAUCUGGUCGCGAAUUCAUUGUCAGCGGCAUGUUUGACGGGUGCGCAUUCAUCGAGAUCCUGCCCGAGGGCAAGAUGCUCAAUCUUGGGUUCCUACCAACGUACUCGCCCGUUGGCAACAGGGCAUACUGGCAUGAGAUUCGUCCUUAUCAUAAUUACAUGCUCAUUGGCUCGGAGCUCGAGGGCCAUGGUAUUCAGAUCUUUGACAUGAAGAAGCUCUUGGACAUCGAUACCACCGAAGCACCCAUUGUGUUCACCAAUGAGAAAGACUUGACCGGCCACUUCAUCGAAUCUCUCCCACUGGGCCGAAGCCAUAACGUGGUUGUCAAUGAGGAGGCCAAGUACGCCGUUGCUGUCGGUGUUCAACCCCGCGCGGAGGGCUGCAUGGGUGGUCUACACUUCUUCAGUCUGGAAGACCCUAGCAAUCCUGUGGCUCUGGGCUGCGACGGACAAGACGGAUAUGUUCACGACGCGCAAUGCCUCAUCUACCGAGGUCCCGACGCCAAAUACCAAGGCCGCGAUAUCUGCUACGGCUACAACGAGGAUACCUUGACCAUUUAUGAUGUGUCCGACAAGAAGAACUCAAAGAUAAUCUCUCGCACGAGCUACGAGGGCGCAACUUUCACGCACCAAGGUUGGGUUAACGACGUGAACUGGCAAGAGUGGCUUUUCAUGGAUGACGAGUACGAUGAGGAGGACUUGGCCGGCCCUGCCGCUGACGGGUACCCCGUCACCUACAUUUGGGACAUCAGAUCACUCGAUUCCCCUAAGCAGACCGGUCUCUUCAAGCACACCGUGAAGGGAAUCGACCACAACCAGUAUGUCGUCGGCGACCUGCUCGUUCAAUCAAACUACGGCGCCGGUGUUCGAGUAUGGGACGUCUCAUCCGUACCUACAGAUCCCACCGGAGGCAGCGUGUGCGAGAUCGCCUACUUCGACAUCUACCCUGAAGAUGACUCCCUUCCGGGAGGCGGAGCUAUCCAGUUUUCCGGCACAUGGUCAUCCUACGCCUACUUCAAGUCGGGCUUUAUUUUCGUCAAUACGAUUGAGCGUGGAGCGUAUUUGGUGAAGAUGACGAAGAAGGAGGCUUGCAAGCCCAAGACAUGCAGUGCGGACAACUGUUUGCGUGCCCUCAGAGCGUCCAGCGUUCCUGGUAGGCUGGAGGAAAGCCAGAAGUUCUGCGGCGAUUUCACGAAAACUGUCAUUGCCGAUGUUACGGUUGUGCCUGAUUAUGCCUCAGAGGCAUGCCCGACUAAUGUCAUCUCGCGUGUGAGCUCGGCAUGUUCAUGCUUGCCUACGCCGACCGCAUGA